AUGGCAGCUGUCCUCAUCCCGUCUUUCCGUUCGCCCCUCUGUACUCUGCUUGGAGUGCCCUUCGAUCCCAAGCAGCUCAAUUUGCAGAACACCGCUCGUCGGGCGACUGCCCCAACAGUCGGCGGGUGGAACGAUUUCCGAUCUGGCCCUUUGGCCGGGCGAGUCCUGCGCUUUUCUCUUCAGGAACUUCAGAAGGCAGACCAUGGACGCAAGUAUGGUCGCAAAGACAAGCGGCCGCUCGAUCCUCCUCCAGUCGUUCAGGUGAAAUUCUUUCAGCUUGUUCGCCAAGGAUCGAUGGACCAAGUCGAGCAGGAGUUCGAUACAUAUGAUGAAUACGAUACUUUUGGUCUCCUAUGCCAUGUCGACCUUUUCCCUGAGAACAGCGCCAGUAUCGCUUCCGGUAGUCCAACUGCCAGGGCAGCGUAUCCAUUCCAGCCCAGCAUUCCGACGCCUCUGGGUCGCAUGCAAUGGCCUCCGCCGUUCCCUCGUGACACGUUUACCAACUCGGACGCAGCCGGAUCGAUGUCUUACGGCGCUCAGUCUGCUUCCGAGGAGCCCGCGAUACCGUUUGACGUCCGUGCGAUAUCUCGGCCGGACUACGGCCGCAGCACUGAACUCUCAGGAGAACGUGUCCCUGAGCCCUGGAAUACGCGUGCGAAGCCCUACAUAGCCCCAGCCAGCGCUGGCCAAGUUGGGCAAGGCAAUCACCCAGAUGAGAGCAAGUGCACGUCUCUCCUGUCUGGUGAGACUGUCGUCUCGUGUUCACUGGUGGAGUAUGACGGAAAGAAGGCGGCCAUGUUCGCGUUUCCGGACAUCGCCGUCAAACGAGAGGGAAGGUUCAUCCUGAGAUACCGCAUCUUCAACCUCCACAGCAGGACUCGCGAAGACGACGUGCACAUCCUCGCGGAGUGCUUCGGAGGACCCUUCGAGGUGUACUCUACGAAGUCAUUUCCAGGACUCCAGGCCUCUACGGAAUUGACUAGAAGACUUUCUCUGUCAGGGGUACGCGUUAAUUCCCGCCACAAAGAACGUCGUGGCUGGAAGCGUGACUCCCACCAAGCUCGCCGCAACGACGCCGAUGGAUCCCCCACGCAAGGUCCGCCGCAAUCGGCGCAGACGGCCGGGCCAUUCUCGCCCCUGCGCAAGCACACAGUUCUGCCCAACGGGGCAGGCGUGGCGCCCUAUGCCCAGGGCUUCUCUGGCGACUAUUCGCCAUUCUCGCACUCUGCGCCCCCAUCGGCGGGCAUGCUGCCUAGCCUUGGGGAGGGCCUGCCCCGAGCGAGGUCCCCUGGAGGUUUCCUCGCCUGGACACGGAUCGGGGGCGAUGCAGCUGACAUGCGCGGCGGCGACUCGUGCUCUACCGGCACUGAGGAGGAGGGCAGCACGCACUCCGUGUGGUGA